UUGGCCCUAAUGUGGCAGACUGGUCGGGAACAGAGGAGUCAAACUGGUUGCAAACAGCCUGAGGAAGUACCCUCUUUUUUCAUUUUUUUUUCAUUUUUUCCUUCCUCCCCCCUCUGGGAGACCGCCCAUAUGUGCGUUUAAUCCACAUUUGCAAGCAACUCCUAUCUUCCUCCUAUUUUACCAUCACUGUCCUGCUCCCAAACUGCCUUUUUCCUCCUCACAUGCUUUUUUCACCGCAGUCGUCCGCCGGCUUCCUCCAGCCUCCAUCUCUCACUCUCUCUCUCUCCCCCUCCCUCCCUCUCUCUCUCCUUUUUUUCCUCCUAUUUAUGAAAACGUCACUUCAAGUCCCUCCCUGUUUGAAUCUCAUUAGUUUCUUGUGUGUUUCUCCCUGUCAAUAAUCCUGAAUCCAGACUCUCUCUAUUUCCAUCCCUCUCUAUCUGUCAAUCAGCGCCGCCUUUGAACUGAAAACCACUCCGACCAACUUCAACUCACUCAAUCCGAGCGGCUCGGCUCCUUCUCCGGCUUCCUUUUUCUGCCAAGAUUCCCUUCUUUUUUAGUUUUGUACCAACCGCCAGAGCUUUGGAAAACGCCAAUACAGACCCCAAACUUAAACUCGGACUUUUCUAGAUCACCGAGAUCAAGGGUUUUUUUAAAAAACUUUUUUUUUUUUUGGUUUUUUUGUGCCCCCUUGUCUCUUAAAAAAAAAAAGAAAAGAGAAAAGAUUUUUGCUCGGGAAAAAUGCCGCAGCUCAACGGCGGUGGAGGGGACGAUCUGGGCGCAAACGAUGAAAUGAUUUCCUUCAAAGACGAAGGGGAGCAGGAAGAGAAAAUUUCGGAGAACUCCUCGGCAGAAAGGGAUUUAGCAGAUGUCAAAUCUUCUCUUGUAAACGAGUCGGAAACAAAUCAGAACAGCUCGUCGGAUUCAGAGGCGGAAAGACGGCCUGCGCCUAGAUCUGAAACUUUCAGAGACAAAACAAGGGAAAGUUUAGAGGAGGCUGCGAAAAGGCAAGAUGGAGGGCUGUUCAAGAGCCCACCGUACCCGGGCUAUCCAUUUAUAAUGAUCCCCGAUCUCACAAGCCCCUACCUUCCCAAUGGAUCACUUUCUCCAACAGCACGCACAUACCUACAGAUGAAAUGGCCCCUGCUAGAUGUUCAACCAGGAAGUCUUCAAAGUAGACAAGCACUUAAAGAUGCCAGGUCCCCUUCACCGGCACACAUCGUUGGGCCCUUCCGCUGGGAAUUCCCCGGACAGUCAGAUCUGAGCCUUCACCAAUUUCAUUUGUCUAAUAAGGUUCCAGUGGUACAGCACCCCCACCAUGUGCACCCUCUCACGCCUCUGAUCACCUACAGCAAUGAACACUUCACACCGGGGAACCCCCCACCUCACCUACAGACAGACGUGGAUCCCAAAACAGGAAUUCCAAGGCCUCCACAUCCUCCAGAUAUAUCUCCUUAUUACCCACUGUCACCUGGCACUGUCGGCCAGAUCCCCCAUCCGCUAGGAUGGUUAGUACCACAGCAAGGUCAACCUGUUUAUCCAAUCACAACAGGGGGUUUUAGACACCCCUACCCAACUGCGCUCACUGUCAACGCAUCCAUGUCAAGUCUUCUGUCCUCUAGGUUCCCCCCACACAUGGUGCCCCCUCACCACAGUUUGCACACCACGGGCAUCCCUCACCCAGCCAUCGUAACACCCAACGUCAAGCAGGAAUCCUCGCACAGUGACAUCAGCUCUCUCGACAGCUCGAAACAGACAGACGGUAAAAAGGUAGAAGAGAAAAAGAAAGAGGUCCACAUAAAGAAGCCUCUGAAUGCCUUCAUGCUCUAUAUGAAGGAGAUGCGGGCCAAAGUGGUGGCUGAGUGCACACUCAAGGAAAGUGCUGCCAUCAACCAGAUCCUGGGGCGAAGGUGGCACGCCCUAUCGCGGGAGGAGCAGGCCAAGUACUACGAGCUGGCCAGGAAAGAACGACAGCUCCACAUGCAGCUGUACCCAGGCUGGUCAGCACGAGACAACUAUGCGGCUAACCAACAGGGGAAAAGGAAGAAGAGAAAAAGGGAAAAGCAGCAAGCAGAGAGCAAUGAACGCAGAGAAUAUUUUCCAAACCCUUGCCUUUCACUCCCUCCGAUUACAGACCUGAGCGCUCCUAAGAAGUGUCGAGCGCGCUUUGGGCUCGACCAACAGAAUAACUGGUGUGGCCCGUGCAGGAGAAAAAAAAAGUGCAUUCGCUACAUCCAAGGUGAAGGCAGCUGUGCCAGUCCUCCCUCUACGGACGGAAGCUUACUAGACUCCCCCCCAUCCUCCCCCUCCUCAGUGGUUCCUUCCCCCUCCUCAAAAGAGUCCAAAUCUCAGACUGAACAAAUGCAACCUCUCUCACUGACUAUGAAACCGGCCCACCAGCCACUCCACCACCCGCACCUCCUGGCUGGGCCUCCACCGCCAUCUUUGGUUCAGCUGGAAAACUCUGCCGCAGCAGCUAGCAAAACGCCCGCCGCCUCCUCCCACAACGGAGCUCUGGAGCACGGUGACGUCUCGUCCUCGCGGCAGCCGGGCUCCUCUGUGGCGUCCUCGAUGACCCGGCCCUCGGCAUCGCUGUGUCAUUCCCACUCGCUCCUCCCCUCCACAGCCCCUCAGCCUCUGUCGCUAGUGACCAAGUCUAUAGAAUAGUCUAUCCUAUUCUCCUCCUCUCUUUGUUUUUUAGCUCUGCACACACACUCUCACACAAACAUCUUUCUAGGCCCUCUCUCUGCUCCGUUUCACUCGCCCUCGGUUCUUUUCUCUUUCUGUUUCUGUGCCAUAAGGCUUUGGAAUUUUAGGUUAUGUUUUUAUUAAAGUUCAUUGGUCAAUAUUUGACCCGUCAUUAUCAGACAAAUCUAAUUAUUAUAAAGAAAUGAUACAAUGAGCUGUAGUAUAGCUUUGUGAAUCUGCCAAAAUUUUUAUGAAUUUUGUUUUUGUCUUUUUUGUAGUUUUAAAACAGCGCAAAACAGAAAUUAUCUAGUUCAGCGUCCAAAUGUUUAAAAAGACGGAUAUAAAAAAGGUAGGCUAGAUUAUUCAACGAGCCCUUUUCUUGAAAGAGUUGGUUCUCCUUCUUUAUUUGUAUUAAAUACGAGCUCGCGAACCAAUCAUUCGACAUCUGUUCAAAACUCUUGGAGGGCAUGAGGCUAGCGGUGACACCUCUCUGAGGAACAACUUUAAUUGUGAUGUUACUUGUUCUUGUUUAAAUGUACAGAAUAACGGGGCGGGAGGGGAUUACUGUGUUAAAUAUGCAUUCUUCCACUGCGUUGUCUUUUUUUUCUUUGUUGUUUACCUUUGGGGUGGAGUCAGGCAAGUUUGGGUGGGCUUGAGGGGAGGUCGGGUGGGAGGGUUGUGGGUUAUUAAAUUCAAAAUGUCACAACGCUAGGACCAGUAGUAUUUAUUGCUUUAGAGAUUGCUUGUUGUAUCUUGUAUGUGUCUCUUUUUUUUUUUCUUUCUGAAUACAUUGUACAAAUAUUUUUUCUUAAGGUAAGCAACUAUACGAACGAUCCAUUUUUACAAGGAGGUUUUAAAAAGGCAAAUCUUUUUGUUAUCUUUCCUCUCCGAAAACCUGGAUUCCGCUCAGUGUACUGUGUAGAUCUCAUGAACAGAUGUAUGCACAACUUCAUUUCAAGAAAUGCAUCUAUAAGCCAUUUUACAGGAAAAAAAAAGAAGAAAAGAAAACUUGAAACACGAGACAGUGGGUACCGCGUGUUCAGUAGUUGGAAAAGUGUCAGAAGCCCUUCUUUUUUAUUGCACAGUCACAUCUCUCGGACUGUAGAUUCGUGUACAGAUUUUCCGUGCCAAAAUUUUGUGAUAAUUUUUCCUCUGCCCCACCCCCCACCCCGACCAUGCUGUAGGGAUCUCUUUUUUUGUUUUGUUUUGUUGUUGUUUGUUUGUUUUGUUUUUUUCAUUUCGAUACCAUUUUUUUGCUGUGACGUUACAUAGAUUGCUAUGUAUGUAGUAUAAAUGUUGCUAUAACAAAUGUGUUUGGUAGCAAAUUGUCAAAUAUUAAAAUUUAAACUUAAUAAAAAGACGGACAUCAUACUGUAUAAACCCACCAGGGCCAAAUUAUGUAUAUUAGGAAGUUCAUAAAAAAACUAUUAAAUACAAAAAAAUACACAAACUGCCACUUUUAAGUACACUACUACAUAUAGGUAGAUAGAAAAAAUAGGCAUGUUGAUGUUGCAAGAGGCUGUAAAAAAAAGCUACAAGAGAAUCAUCCACUCGGUGCCAUUGUAGUUGACAUGACGCGACUGUAAUCUGUCGAUUUCUUCUCUGGUUUAUUAAGAUGCUAAUGAUAAAUAGUUUGAAUGUUUCCUUAACGGCUGUGAUGUUCCUGUUCUAUUUUAUGCUCUUAUAUUUUUUUGUUUGUUUUUUCCUGUUAUUUUAAAUGGUUCUAAAACCAUGUUUUUUGUAAUGAAUAAAUGUUUAUGCUGUACAGUCUCUGUAGCAUGCAGUUCUGUAUUAAUAAAAGCAACUUAGUAUGUGCGCA